ACGCUAACACAUUCAUUCAUUCACACCGCUCCUCUCUCUCUCUCUAUCUUUCUUCUAAUCCUUUAAAUUCACGCUCCCUUCUCUAAGACCUUACCACACACUCUCUAUCUCUGACUCUAACCCCUUCGGAUCUGAAAAAUUCGCAAAUGAACUUCGAAACGCAACCUGGAACGGCGUCGUUUUGGUGUUACAGCUGCGCAAGCUUCGUUCACAUCAUGGACGAAAGUGAAACCAACAACAUCCUCUGCCCUAACUGCAAUAGCGGUUUUGUCGAACAGAUCCGACCCGACCCGUCUCCGGACCACUUUUUCAGCCCCUUCUCCGACGUCUCUGAUUCCAGCCACCAAGGUUUCCGCCGUCGCCGCCGCAGUGCCGCGGGAAACCGCUCCCCUUUCAAUCCUGUGAUUGUUCUCCGUGGCCCCAGCGAUGACGCCGAUCGUGAAGGUGGUCCUGCCUUCGAGCUAUACUACGACGACGGCGAUGGAAGCGGUUUACGGCCUCUGCCGCCAGCUAUUGCGGAGUUUCUGUUAGGUUCGGGAUUUGACCGGCUUUUGGAGCAGUUCUCGCAGAUCGAGACGAACGCGUUUGGGCGGCUGGAGAAUCCACCCGCUUCUAAGGCGGCGAUAGAGUCGAUGCCGGCGGUGGAGAUCGCGGAGGCGCACGUGCGUGCCGAAGCGCACUGCGCCGUGUGUAAGGAAGCAUUUGAGCUACGGGCGGAGGCGCGUGAGCUUCCAUGUAAGCACAUAUACCACACCGAUUGCAUCGUUCCGUGGCUUUCGAUUCGGAAUUCGUGCCCUGUGUGUCGACACGAGCUUCCUUCGGAUCAGAAUUCGUUGAUGUCGGGUUCAAUCGACGAGGAAUCGAUUGGAUUAACGAUUUGGAGGCUGCCGGGAGGGGGAUUCGCCGUCGGUAGAUUUUCUGGUGGCCGGAGAGCAGGUGAAAACCACCUUCCCGUCGUGUACACGGAGAUGGACGGAGCACUGAACCCUAACGGAGCUCCGAGGAGGAUUUCGCGUUCUGUGAGGAGCAAUAGGGUUAGGGAAAGUCAUGGAAUUCGUAGGGUUUUUCGAAAUUUCAUGUCAAUUUUUGGAAGAUUGGGUUCUAGCAGGUCUAGAUUUUUUGGUCCGGAACGAGUUUCGCUGAGAUCGGUGUUCAAUAGGAAUUCGCGGAGGCGAACAUGGAGAUUUGAAGAUUGAUUUAUUUUAGUUCAGAUUUUGCUUUUAAGAGAACAAAACAUACAUUUUGUUUUAGUUAGUUGAGUAUCUUUUAUUCAUACUGUAAAUAGCAUGAAACUAUAAAAAUUAGAUGGAGCUCUAGUUUCCCUCUCUCUCUGGGAUUGUGAACUGGUUAAGCCGUUUAGUUCAAAUCAAUGGAAAUUGUUCUUCUGAAAUGGUCAUUGAUGGGUACAAUUUUGAUGUUCAACACUGAUAAAGAUAAAUAUUGUUGUAGCUGCUGGUGGUGGAAUAUUACAUUUAUUUCUGCAGUGUUGUAAUUGGCACCCCCAUUAGCCAUGGGGACAGAGCAUGAAUUGGGAAAGGGGAAAUAAUGCUUAUUCCCUUGUAUUUAGAUUAUUUGAUUUGUCCCUUCAAAUUCUAUGGGAAUUGAAUGGGUACUCUUACAUAAAUGGUACCAACAUUUGUUA